AUGUUUCUGGGAAUUAAAAAUAGCUUUAUGCAACAAACGGCCGUUGGGCGCAAAACGGUGGCAAAAGUUUUCACUGCUUCGUGGCAAAAUUCCGGUCACAUUUCCAACACAGAAUGGGACAAAUUUGGCCGGAGGUGGGUGCUCGUCAGUCUAGCCCUUAUUUUUGGGAUUGGGGCAACUGGUGCCAUGUUACAAGGUGGUGCUGGUGGUGCAGCAUUGUAA